GUAACAAAACGUGGAAAAAGUCAAGGUGUCUGAAUACUUUCCGAAUGCGCUGUACAUAUAGUUAUAUUUGUUAAAAAUGUAAAGAUUGAUUCACCUUUUUUCUUCCAUUUUUGAGUUUGUAUGUUAUAGCUUUUUUCUUCUAAGAAUGUGACAGAAACCUGACUGGGGCGUUUGCUUUUUAACAAGCUAACCACAAAGCUAUGCUGUGUUUUUUUGAGGGGGACUAAUAAAUGUCACAACACUGCUGUCUGUUUAAAAAAAAAAACCAAAUAAAAAAGCUGAGACUGCUGUUUUGUAAAUAGACAACACACUAGGAUGUGGCAUGAAACUUAUAUACAUGACUGGCUAGGAUUUGUGAUUACCUUGUCUUAAUUUUUACCUUGUCUUCAAUAACAUGUUUUCUUUUUUAUUUCAAACCACACUUUUGAUAGUUUGUUCAUGGUAUAAGAUAUUCUGUAUGUAAUGGGCAUUUAGAAAAUCUUGUUCAGUGACAUUUCCCACCUGCACCUUUUCUUGAUGUUAACUUAUUCAGCAUGGUCUACAUGCACAGAGAAACAUCACUUCACACCAAAACAACUAAAACAACACAGGGACAUAGCCUUGACAUAGAUUACAUGAAAUAAGGAAGUGAGACUCAGAAAACAGAAGUGUCAAGGAAAGUAAAUGGCCAGCCAAUCUCGUUAAACCACAGAAAAUGCAUUGUUGAACGAAUCUUUCUAGGAAACGCGUAUUGUCAAACCUCAUCUAAUAUGGAAGCAAACUAUUGUAAGAUAAGCACAAGAGGCUGGAAAAAGCCCAGAGCAGUGCCCCUAAAUCAUGUAAAAGAUGAAGUGCCUUGCUCAAGGGCACAACGGCAGCAGGCGGCACAUGAGGUUCUGAUGCCAGCAACUCUGUGGUUGCCGGCACACUCGCACCAGAUUUCCCCGUCAGCCCUGAGAUUCAAACCGGCAACCCUUCUGUUACCAACCUAACUCUCUAAUCUCAACCUCCUUCUACUACUACAGACAUAACCCACACAGGACUACUUCCAGGUAUGAAAGUUACGGAAUUUACUUUCUAAGAUGUUUAAGAUGUACUCUAUUCAUGUGUAUCUUUKCAUCUGAAGAGCAGUUCAAAGCAGCAUCUACAUGCGUGACAGAUAUCUGUAUGUUUGGUGAUGUUUCCCUCACCCACACUCAUUCCCAGACAUUUAGUUAGAGGGCCAUUACAGGAAACCCACACUCACACCUCAGCCUGCUCAAUGCAGCAAUGCAAAGAAAAUAGUUAUCUAGAGCACACCUUACUAGAAAAAAGUUGCAGUCAUUGGUACAAAAGAAUAGAGUAGAGAAAAAGAGUUGUUUCCCGGCCAGACUGUUUCAACCAGCACACACGUUGUCACCAGAGGGAAGGUUACAGCAUUCAACCUGUACAUCAGAAAAGAAGAGAUUGGGUAAGAUGAACACAACUGAGGCCACCAGCACAGACGAUUACUGUGGCCAUGACAACUAUGGCAGCCCCUGUAGCACUGGCACCAGUCUAACCCAAGGGUCCAUCUACCAGCCCAUUCUCUUCUACCUGGUGUUCACCCUGGGUCUGACAGGCAACAGUCUGGUGCUCUGGGUCCUCCUCAAGUACAUGAAACUGAAGACCAUGACAGACAUCUGUCUGCUGAACCUAGCACUAUCUGACCUGCUCCUCGCCCUCUCUCUGCCUCUCUGGGCCUACCAAGCCCAGGGCCAUGAGUUUGAAGGGCACAGUCCAUGUAAGAUCAUGGCUGGUGUCUACCAGGUGGGCUUCUACAGCAGCAUCCUGUUUGUGACCCUGAUGAGUGUGGAUCGCUACCUGGCGAUCGUUCACGCCGUGGCCGCCAUGAGGGCCAGGACGCUGCGCUACGGAGCGCUGGCGAGCAUCAUCGUCUGGGUAGCGUCCAUCAGUGCUGCUCUCCCUGAGGCCAUCUUCGUAGCGGUGGUGAGGGAGAAUGACGAGAACAGUGGUACAAGUUGCCAGCGGAUUUACCCAGAGGACACAGAGAAGACAUGGAAGUUGUUCAGGAAUUUUGGUGAAAACGGAGUGGGGCUCGUCCUAUGUCUGCCCAUAGUGGUCUUUUGUUACAUCAGUAUUCUCACUGUACUACAGAGGUUAAGGAACUCCAAAAAAGACAGGGCCAUGAAACUGAUAUUCGCCAUCGUGGGUGUGUUUGUAGUCUCCUGGGUCCCUUACAACGUUGUGGUUUUCCUCCAGACCCUUCAGAUGUUUGACAUUGGGAAUAGCUGUGAGYCUUCAACGCAGCUUGAUACAGCUAUGGAGGUGACAGAAACCAUAGCGCUGGCUCACUGCUGUGUCAACCCAGUCAUUUAUGCUUUUGUAGGAGAGAAAUUCAGAAAGUGUUUGGGCACUGUGCUCUCUAGAUAUCCNAUAGCGCUGGCUCACUGCUGUGUCAACCCAGUCAUUUAUGCUUUUGUAGGAGAGAAAUUCAGAAAGUGUUUGGGCACUGUGCUCUCUAGAUAUCCGCUGUGUAAAAAGCUCAGCAAACAUGCAAUGAUGAGCAGCAGAGGAUCAGAAAACGAGACUUCUAACACACCUGUGUGA